AUGGAGUCAGGAACCGCUUCCAGCCCUCUGACCCGCUUCCAGCCCCGGCCCCGCUUCCAGCCCCCGGCCCCGCUUCCAGCCCCCGGCCCCGCUUCCAGGCCCCGGACGCGCUUCCAGCCCCGGACCCGCUUCCAGCCCCCCGGCCCGCUUCCAGCCUCCAGCCCUGCUUCCAGCCCCCGGCCGCUGUUCCAGCCCCCGGCCCCGCUUCCAACCCCCGGCCCCGCUUCUACGCGCCGGACAGGCUUCCAACCCCCGGCCCCGCUUCUACGCGCCGGACAGGCUUCCAGCCCCCGGCCCCGCUUCUACGCGCCGGACAGGCUUCCAGCCCCCGGCCCCGCUUCCAGCCCGCAGUCCCGCUUCCAGCCCCCGGCCGCGCUUCAAGCCAUCGGCUGCGCUUCCAGCCCCCGGCCCAAUUUCCAGCCCCCGGACCCACUUCCAGCCCACGGACCCGCUUCCAGCCCCCAGAUCCACUUCGAGGUCCCGACCCGCUCCAAGUCCCCGACCCAAUUCCAGCCCCUGAACCCGCUUACAGCCCAAGACCCGCUUCGGCCCCGUACACGCUUCCAGACCCCGGAUCUGUUUCCACCUUACCCGAUCCGCUUCCAGGCACCGGACCCGCUUCCAGGCCUCAGAUCCACUUGUAGCCCCUGGACCCGCUUCCAGCCCCGACCCGCUCCCAGUCCGGACCUGCUGCCAGCCCCCGCUCCUGCUUUCAACGCCCAGGUCCGCUUCCAGCUCCCAGACCCGCUUCCAACGCCAGGAACCGCUUCCAGCCCUCUGACCCGCUUCCAGCCCCCUGACCCGCUUCCAGCCCCUGGCCCCGCUUCCAGCCCCCGGACCCGCUUCCAGCCCCCGGACCCGCUUCCAGCCCCCGGACCCGCUUCCAGCCCCCGGACCCGCUUCCAGCCCACGGACCCGCUUGCAGCCCACGGACCCGCUUGCAGCCCACGGACCCGCUUCCAGCCCCCGGACCCGCUUCGAGGCCACGACCGGCUCCAAGUCCCCGACCCAAUUCCAGCCCCUGAACCAGCUUAUAGCCCAAGACCCGCUUCGAGGCACCGGACCCGCUUCCAGGCCUCAGACCCGUGUCCCAGUCCCAGAUCCACUUGUAGCCCCUGGACUCGCUUCCAGCCCCGACCCGUUCCCAGUCCGGACAUGCUUCCAGCCCCCGCUCCUGCUUUCAACCCCCGGCCCCGCUUCCAGCCCCCGGCCCCGCUUCCAGCCCCCGGCCCCGCUUCCAGCCCCCGGCCCCGCUUCCAGGCGCCGGACAUGCUUCCAGGUGCCGGAUAUGCUUCCAAGCCCUGGACCCGCUUCCAAGCCCUGGACCCACUUCCAGCCCCCAGCCCCGCUUCCAGCACCUGGCAGUGCUUCCAGCCCCCGGCCCCGCUUUCAGCCCCUGACCCACUUUGA